AUGGCUAAGCUAGCUCUGCCAGGUCCUGUUAUUUCUCUCCUGCUUCUGUUCUUCUUCUUGGGUACGGUAGAGAUUCGUAGACUCUUAAGCUGCAAAGUUGAUGUUUUUAUUUUCAACAACUCUAUAGAGCAUUCCACGUUGUUGGGAGAUUUCGAUGUUGGUGAAUGGACAGCGCCACAACAAGCACUGCAGUCAGCUCUGGAUUAUGCCUGUAACUAUGCAGAUUCCAGCCCUACAAAGAAAGGAGGUUCUUGCUAUGACCCGGAUAGGCCAGCGCACCAUGCCUCAUUUGCCAUGAAUGCUUACUACCAGAAGAUGGGAAGAAACCAAUGGAAUUGUCAUUCUAACAAUACUAGUCUCAUUUCCUUGGCAGAUCCAAGUUACAAUCCCCUGCUGCCAAUUUACUCUGCAUUACAGAACAUCAUAAACUUCAUUUGUGGAAUAUUAAAAGAAUGCAGUGAAAUACAAGAACAUGGUUCAUGCUACUUUCCAAAUACCCUCAUAAACCAUGCCUCAUUUGCCAUGAAUCUUUACUAUAAGACCGAUGGACGCUACAAUUGUGAUUUCAAUGGCAUUGGCCUUAUCGUUGUCACUAACGCACUGCAAAAUAUUAUGUCUUCUUAG